AUGACUAUGUCGCCGAAUGAUUAUGAACAAUAUGUAUCAAAAGAACAACGAAGACGAAGAAUAAAACUAAUUGUUGUGGAAAUAUUGGUUUCUGUUCUUCUUAUUAUAUUGGCUAUUAUUUUCUCAAGUUUUUUAAAAAAUAUAAUUCCAAAAAAGAUUGUCAACGCAGUAAAUCUUAAACCCGAUUCAGAUAGUUUCAAAGUAUGGUGUAAACCACCAGUAACUAUGACACGAGCUUAUUAUCUUUUUAAUAUAACAAAUCCUAUUGAAAUAGUUACUAAUCCUACUUCGACUACAGUACAUGUUAAAAAUACUCCUUCUUAUACUUAUAAUAUGGAAACAAAUAAAAUCAAUAUUCAAUGGUCGAAUGAUAAUAAACAUAUAAGGUAUGCAAUUGAACGAUUAUUUACUCGUCAUCCAAUACAAUUUAAUCCAUCAUCUGCUAAUGAUACAGGUGUAUUUCUUGAUUUAGUUCGAGCUAUUUUUCGAACACAAUUUCAAGCUAAAGCAGCACAAUCAUUUUAUGAGCUUUCUGGCAUGGAAACAUUUCCUCAUAGAAAUGCUGUUGAACAAUUAGAAGGAUUUACUUCAGAUUUAUUUAAAUCAUUUCAAGAUAAAAUGAUUGGACCAAAUAGAGCUAAAUCAGGUUUUAUUUAUCGAUAUAAUGGUAGUGGAUUAUUUAAUUAUUCAAUUCAAGCCGAUCCAGAGAAAAAAGGUCAAAUACUUACAUUUGCUAGUGAACUUGUUCCAUUUGAAAUAUCAUCUCCGUCUGAUUAUGAAUUUCCUAUUUAUGAUGGUCUUACAUUUCCAUCAAUGCUUUUUGAUAAGCCAACAUUUAAUAUUUUUCAAGGUGAUAUUUGUUAUCCAAUUCUUCUUGAACAUAAUCAAAUAGUAACUAAAUUUGGAGGUUUAAAAAUGUAUAAAUACAAAAUUAAAUUAGUCGAUUUUAAUAAUUGUACAAAUCCAAACGAUACAAGAACAUGUCCUGAAGUUGAAAAAAUUGAUAUAUCACAAUGUAUAUCUGCUUCACUUCCAGAUAAUACAAUCUUUUUAUCAAAAGCACAUUUUUAUGGAAGUAGUAAUGAAACAAUCGAACAAAUGAAUAUUCAAGGUUUUAAGCCAACAACUGAUGAACAUGAUUCAGCUAUAUAUUUUGAACCAUAUUCAGGUGUACCAUUUGAAGGUGUUUUUCGUAUACAACUUAAUAUUGAUGCUAUUAUUGAUCCAAUGAAAACAUCGAAUUUUGAAUCAGAACAACUUACACCAGCCGACCGUAAAGGUAUCAAACGUAUGAUACCUCUCGUAUGGAUUGAUCAAAAAACAUUUAUUUCAAAAAAAGUUAUUAAAAAAUUGCGAACACCUCUUUUAUUUCUUUAUUAUGGAGAAUAUUUUAGUAUAGGAUUAGCAAUUGGAUUAUCAAUUGGUUUUAUUCUUUAUAUGGAAUUUAUUGCUAAACGAGCUCAUAAAAAUAAUGAUAUACAUGUACCAAUUAUGUGA